CUCUGACGAUGCUUCCUUCUGGAGGCUCUUGAAAACCAGCCACGCUGAGGGCAGGCUCAGAGAGCAGCCAAGCAGCACUGCAGGCAGGAGCARGCAGCCGAGUUUGCAGGUCCCGUCAAGUCUCUGCCCAGGACUCUGCAGUCAGUGACAGCAAUGGCAUUCGUCCCCGAUUUGGACACACUGGAGAGCAGCAGCCUGAACGAGGAGACAUUGUACGGCCCUGAGUGUCUCUGCCUGCAGAAGGUAACGCUGGUGUACUGGGAGCGGUGGGGUCUAUAUGGGAUGGAAGCCAGGCUCUCAUCCUGCAUCCCCUUUCCUCCCCAACAGCCUCAGCUGGACUUGGAGCUGACAUCGCCUGGGGUGGACAUCCAGGUGACAGUGACAAAGGGACACCCUUCCAGGACCUUUCGCCAGGCUGCUGUCCUGGUGGCUGCUGUGACCAAGCUCCUAAGGCUGCCAUCGCACAAGGACUUUGCUGACAGUGACCUUGGCAGCUUCUUGGAUGAUAUUUUCGAGCCCGUCUCCUUCCAGUGCAUCAGGGCCAGUUAUACCGGGGCACCCAUUUUCCGCUACACUCGCUCCCAGUCCUUCGACAUCCUGGACAUUGACCACAAGUGCUUUGUACUGGAGUCACCCACCCAGCUGGUGGCCUUGCACCUGCAGGGACCCUCUGCUGGACGGAAAGUGAAGCUCAACAUCGCUCUGUACCGUCCCCGGMCAUCACAGGGCGGCCCAGGAUCUGGAAGGAUGCCAGUGGCGUUGGGCAUCAAGGGCUACCAGCUCUACAUGUCAUGUGUGAUGAGUGGCACCAAACCUGAGCUGCAGCUGGAGGAAGCUGACAUCAGGAGGGAUAUUGAGAGCGCGGAGCUGACGCGCUUCAUCUUCUACCGCCUGGACAGCCCAGCGGAGGGCACCACCCGCUUCGAGUCGGCCGCCUUCCCCGGCUGGUUCGUCUGCACAUCCCUGCAGCCCCGCCAGCCCGUGGGCAUCACCAACACCCCCGACCAGGUGAACAUUGCUACCUACGAGCUGAGGAGCUGAGCAGGUGCUGAGGAGCCUGCAUCAACCCAACCGGCAGUCACCGGUUUUCAGGCUGUAUGUACCGAGUACAACCCCCCUGGGACACAACUCCCAUCUAUUUCAUGUGAAAUAGCAGCUCUGGGCCCUAUGGGCUCGAGCCACCCCAAUUCGUACUUAUUUAUUUUUAUAUAUAUUUAUUUAUCUAUUUAUUUAUUUAUUUAUGGUGUAAAGCCCUGUGCUUUUGUACUUAUUUAUUGUGCUCCCUUAUUUGUUAUUGCUUGUACCCUGUAUGUGGAUGGACAUGGAAAUAAAAGGUUUUC